UCGGUUGAGAGAAGGCUGGGCUUACUUUCUGAAUAGUUUUUGGAAGUACCGGUUGUUGUUGAUCCCUUGAAUCCAAACGAUACACUCCCACAAGCGCCAUCUAGGUUCGCUUUGAUUCCUACGUUCUUUGUCAGCUCUCUUUUACAAUGGCGACCGCGGCUGCAACUCCCUCCAGCCAGAGAAGCACGUGCAGCAGCGGCGGCGGCACACCGCUGAGUCCGACCAGGAUAACGAGACUGCAGGAGAAACAACAGCUCCGGGAUCUCAACGACCGCCUCGCUGUUUACAUAGACAAAGUCCGUAGUUUAGAGUCGGAAAACGACAUACUCCACCGGAAAAUUAGCGAGAAGGAAGACGUGAGGAGUCGGGAGUUAACCGGCCUGAAAGCACUGUAUGAGACUGAGCUAGCCGACGCCAGAAGGAGUUUGGAUGAUUCCUCCAAGGAGCGGGCCUGGCUACAGAUUGAGCUGGGAAAGAUCAAAUCCGACCAUGAGCAGCUUCUGCAGAACUACAGCAAGAGGGACUCUGAGGCAGCAGCAGCCCAGGCCAGGCUGAAGGACUUGGAAGCUCAACUUAAUUCUAAGGAGGCCAUGCUGGCUACUGCACUCUCUGAAAAGAGGGGCCUGGAAGCCACCCUGGCUGACCUGGGAGAACAGCUUCAGGAGCUUGAUACAGGUCUUGCCCAGGCAAAGAAACAGCUUGCAGAUGAGAUGCUCCUGCGCAUUGACUUGGAAAAUCGUUGCCAGAGUCUGACUGAGGAAAUGGACUUCCGAAAGGGCAUGCAUGAGGAGGAAGUGAAAGAGGCUCGACAACGGUACGAGACCCGACUGGUGGAGGUGGAUUCUGGACACAAGGAAGAGUAUGAAUAUAAACUGUCUCAGGCCCUGACUGAUAUGAGGGCUCAGAAUGAGGAGCAGAUCAAGAUCUACAAGGACAACAUGGAGAGCACCUACGGAGCCAAACUCGAAGACCUGCAUCGCUUAUCUGAGAUGAACGGAGCAUCUGCCAACAUGGCCCGAGAGGAGCUCCAUGAGUCAGCCCUGAGGAUUGAGAGCCUCACUGCCCAGCUGACAGGACUGCAGAAGGAGACUCGUGGUUGGCGUGAUCGUAUAUCGGAGCUGGAGGCAGCGCUGGCACAGCAAAAAGACGCAAGUCGCAGGAUGCUGACUGACAAAGAUCGUGAGAUAGCUGAGGUCCGAGCCAAGAUGCAGGAACAGCUGAAUGAGUAUGAACAGCUGCUGGAUGUUAAACUAGCUCUGGACAUGGAGAUCAAUGCUUACCGUAAACUUUUGGAGGGAGAAGAAGAAAGGCUGAAGCUGUCUCCCAGCCCUUCAUCUCGUGUCACAGUGUCUCGAGCCUCUUCCAGCAGUCGCAGUGUGCGGACCAGCCAGGGGAAGAGGAAGCGUAUCGAUGUGGAAGAACAGGAAGCCAGCAGCUCAGUGUCCAUUUCUCACUCUGCUUCAGCCACAGGACCCAUCUGCGUCGAUGAGAUCGAUACUGAUGGCAAGUUCAUCUGUCUUCAAAACAGUGGAGAUGAGGACCAGGCCAUGGUGGGCUAUGAGAUGAUUAAGACCAUUGGAAAUGCUUCAGCUACCUACAAGUUUACACCCAAAUAUGUCCUGAAAGCAGGCCAGAAAGUUAUGAUUUGGGCAUAUGAUGCUGGUGUGAGCCCCAAACCGCCUACUGACCUGGUGUGGAAGAAUCAGUCCUCCUGGGGUUUAGGGGAGGAUGUCCAUGUGGUGCUGAUCAACCCUCAAGGAGAAGAGGUGGCAAAAAGAACUACUACAUACAAGACAGGAGUAGAAGAAGAACAGGGUGAGGAAGAUGAUGAUAAUGGAGUCGAGGCCAUUGAGGAAGAGCGCUUCCACCAGCAGGGAGCCCCACGCACUGCCAAGGGAGGCUGUUCCAUCAUGUGAUCCAACUGCAUCAACCAGCCGCCACCACCUCCUCUGAGCCCAGCCAGUCUGCUGCCAACUGUAAUACCAGAACUAUUUUUCUAUCUUUUUUAGUGUUUCAGCAAAGUGUAUGAUUUUGUUACAUUUCUUUGAUCAAUAAAAAUGCAAACCCGUUUUUUGUAGACAGUUUCAUCUUAAAAACCAAAAUGUUAUUGGUCAGCAUUGGUGUUGGUAGUUCAUAAGCUCUUUUCUUUCUUGAAACCAAGCAGCAAGUAGCAAUAUCUUCAAGAUUGAAUUAAAUUUUUCAUGUCAUAUUUUCUUAUUUCUAUUAUUUUAUUAUUAUUAUGGUUGUUGUUGUUAUUAUUGAUGAUGAUAAUGAUUAUGAUAAUAUAUUUUAGGUCUCUAAAGUUCCAAGAAAAGCCACAAGAUGUCAGUGAUUAGUUUAGAUAAGGGUGGGUUUAGGUCAGUGUUUGAAUUAGCUGAGAAUGUACUGUAUGGUUAAAUGAAGAGUACACUAAAAGCUGUGUGGUAACAGGAGCUAAUGUAAUACAUGACUUCCUACCAGCAGUCUGGACCUUGUCAGGACAAAAUUUUACAAGGAAUUCUCUGUUCAGUGUAGAGUAGAUUAGAAAAAACUCAAAACUAUCAUGAUUGUAUUCAUGAGUAAGUCAGAGGACAGUUUGUUGCAGUUGUUGAGUUACCUGAAGACCCCUGUGUGAAGCGUAGGAUUAAAACGAGCUUUGGCAAUUCCUGAUGGUAGUAUCUACCAUCUAGUAAAAGAUCUGAUUUGAGACACUACAAAAUGGAACUGUUCCUGUUUUCAGCAGGCCAUCUAAUUUUCUUGGGAAUUGGAAUAAUUUGACAAAUGUUACAUCACUGUCUACACACAUAGGUCUUUAAUGUGAGGUCAUGCUGCACAUUUGAGUUUCUCUUUGCUGACUUUUAAACAAGCGUUGCACCACUAAUCAAGAAGUGUUGAUUGUAUUCUUAACUUUUGAUAUUUGAAUUGUUUGAAGUUGUUUUUGUGUUGCUGUGCAUGCUAUAGCUGUAAUCUUUAUAGCUGAAUGAAUAAAUGUUUUUCUUUUA